GAAGAAACAGCCAAUGAGAACACCGCUAUUGAGACCUCAAUUCUGCAAGAAGUUUUUACAAGGCUGCGUGUCAGUCCAGCUGAGUACAAGGCGGCCUUUGUAGACAAUGAGUUGAUGCCAUGCGAAGACAUCGAUAUUAACAUGUCGGAGUUUGGUGGCGAGCCCAAUAAAACUUUUCACAUCAGUGCAGAGCUGCGGAAAUCCAGUACAGAAGGCAUGUUUAGACCCUGCAUGACAAAGAACUUCGAACCAAAUGCCCCCUCCUUGCCAAGACUCCUGCGUCAGUGCUUACAAGCCUGCUCAAUCGAGUCUCGCCAGGCUCUCUGUGCUAAUGUCCUUCUUGUUGGAGAAUACGCAGGCAUUGAAGGUCAUUGGUCUGAAUUACUGUGUUCAUCCUACUUUCUGCUCUGGUUUACAGGUCUCCAGCAACGAUUACAAUCUGAGAUACAGCAAUUUCUGCCAAAGAAUACUAUCUUAUCUGUAAAGACUGUUCCCAAUUCCGCGGAGGCAGCCUACAGCGGUGCAUGCCUCACAUCUGCCCUUUUACAGGGACCCAGAGCCCCUCAAUGCCAGUGGUUCAAAUUUAUGGAACCAGCUAUGUGGGACUCAAUCAAGGCUUCAGCACCGGGCGGGCAGCGCCUGGUUGAUCGACUCAAUGCUCAAAUGUGCUGGCCCUAG